GAGGUAGAAGGAGGGGGCGGGGAGGGAAGCGGAGGCUGGCGAGCUCUAGGCCGGCCGGCGGUGGCGGCGGCAAGGCCUGGCCUCGGGCUGAGCGCCUGCUGUGGCGGCAGCGGCGGACGCCGAGAUCAGCAGAGGGUUUCUCUGGAAACCCCCCUGGUAAGUGUGGAGGAGGCGGGACACUCUGACCCAAGACAAAAGGCCUGUAGCUCCAGCCAAAGGAAAUAAACCUUAGGAGAGAGAAGGAAAAAAAAUAUCCAUCAGCUGUUCCCGAGAACAACCUGCAGUGAAAUUUACAGAGAGGACAACUAAUGUGAGUGAGGAAGUGACUGUAUGUGGACUGUGGAGACAGUAAGUCACGUGGGCCCUGAGGGCCUGGACUGGGUUAGGAAACAGUUGUACUUUCGGAGGUGAGGUGUCAAGAAGGGAAAAGUGAAUGUGGUCUGGAGUGUGGCCUUGGCUCCAAGGGGUGUGCUUUCCUCUGAGGCCGUCAGGAAGCUCAGCCCCUGUGUUCUGCCAGGGUGGGGUACAGGGUUUGGCACUGAGGAGGGUAACUUGCUGGCUGGAGCAGCAGAGCAUUGGCCUUGAUUUGUCUUUUGGAAGAUUUAAAAACCAAAAAGCAUAAACAUUCUGGUCCUUCAGCAAUGCUUUCUCUGAAGAAAUACUUAACGGAAGGACUCCUCCAGUUCACCAUUCUGCUGAGUUUGAUCGGGGUGCGGGUGGACGUGGAUACUUACCUGACCUCGCAGCUCCCCCCGCUCCGGGAGAUCAUCCUGGGGCCCAGUUCUGCCUAUACUCAGACCCAGUUCCACAACCUGAGGAAUACCUUGGAUGGCUACGGUAUCCACCCCAAGAGCAUAGACCUGGACAAUUACUUCACUGCCCGGCGGCUCCUCAGUCAGGUGAGGGCCCUGGACAGGUUCCAGGUGCCAACCACUGAGGUUAACGCCUGGCUGGUCCACCGGGAUCCGGAGGGGUCUGUCUCUGGCAGCCAGCCCAGCUCGGGCCUCGCCCUCGAGAGUUCCAGUGGUCUCCAGGAUGUGACAGGCCCAGACAACGGGGUGCGAGAAAGCGAAACGGAGCAGGGAUUCAGUGAAGAUUUGGAGGAUUUGGGGGCUGUAGCCCCUCCAGUCAGUGGAGACUUAACCAAAGAGGACAUAGAUCUGAUUGACAUCCUUUGGCGACAGGAUAUUGACCUGGGGGCUGGGCGUGAGAUUUUUGACUACAGUCAUCGCCAGAAGGAGCAGGAUGUGGAUAAGGAACUGCGAGAUGGAGCAGAGCAGGAGGACACCUGGCCAGGCGAGGGUGCAGAAGCUCUGGCACGAAACCUGCUAGUGGAUGGAGAGACUGGGGAGAGCUUCCCUGCACAGGUGCCUGGUGGGGAGGACCAGACAGCCCUGUCCCUGGAAGAGUGCCUUAGGCUGCUGGAGGCCACCUGCCCCUUUGGGGAGAAUGCUGAGUUUCCAGCAGACAUUUCCAGCAUAACAGAAGCAGUGCCUAGUGAGAGUGAGCCCCCAGGUCUUCAAAACAAUCUUUUGUCUCCUCUCCUGACGGGGACAGAGUCUCCAUUUGAUUUGGAACAGCAGUGGCAAGAUCUCAUGUCCAUCAUGGAAAUGCAGGCCAUGGAAGUGAACACAUCAACAAGUGAAAUCCUGUACGAUGCCCCUCCAGGAGACCCACUGAGCACCAACUACAGCCUUGCCCCCAACACUCCCAUCAAUCAGAACGUCAGCCUGCAUCAGGCGUCCCUGGGGGGCUGCAGCCAGGACUUCUCACUCUUCAGCCCUGAGGUGGAGAGCCUGCCUGUGGCCGGCAGCUCCACGCUGCUCCCGCUGGUCCCCAGCAAUUCCACCAGCCUCAACUCCACCUUUGGUUCCACCAACCUGGCAGGGCUCUUCUUUCCACCCCAGCUGAAUGGCACAGCCAACGACACAGCAGGCCCUGAGCUGCCUGACCCACUCGGGGGUCUGUUAGAUGAAGCCAUGCUAGAUGAGAUCAGCCUGAUGGACCUGGCCAUUGAAGAAGGCUUUAACCCCGUGCAGGCCUCCCAGCUCGAAGAGGAAUUUGACUCUGACUCAGGCCUCUCCUUGGACUCCAGCCAUAGCCCUUCCUCCCUGAGCAGCUCUGAAGGUAGUUCUUCCUCCUCCUCGUCCUCCUCCUCCUCCUCUUCUUCCUCUUCUUCUUCCUCUGCUUCUUCCUCAGCCUCUUCCUCCUUUUCUGAGGAAGGUGCAGUUGGCUACAGUUCUGACUCUGAGACCUUGGAUCUGGAAGAGGCUGAGGGCGCUGUGGGCUACCAGCCCGAGUAUUCCAAGUUCUGCCGCAUGAGCUACCAGGACCCAGCUCAGCUCUCCUGCCUGCCCUAUUUGGAGCACGUGGGCCACAACCAUACAUACAACAUGGCACCCAGUGCCCUCGACUCCGCUGACCUGCCACCACCCAGCACCCUCAAGAAGGGCAGCAAGGAGAAGCAGGCUGACUUCCUGGACAAACAGAUGAGCCGGGAUGAACAUCGAGCCCGAGCCAUGAAGAUCCCCUUCACCAACGACAAGAUCAUCAACCUGCCUGUGGAGGAGUUCAACGAGCUGCUGUCCAAGUACCAGCUGAGUGAGGCCCAGCUGAGCCUCAUCCGUGACAUCCGGCGCCGUGGCAAGAACAAGAUGGCGGCGCAGAACUGCCGUAAGCGCAAGCUGGACACCAUCCUGAACCUGGAGCGGGAUGUGGAGGACCUGCAGCGCGAUAAAGCCCGGCUGCUGCGGGAGAAGGUGGAGUUCCUCCGGUCCCUGCGGCAGAUGAAGCAGAAGGUCCAGAGCUUGUACCAGGAAGUGUUUGGGCGGCUGCGGGAUGAGAACGGGCGGCCCUACUCGCCCAGUCAGUAUGCGCUGCAGUAUGCCGGGGAUGGCAGCGUCCUCCUCAUUCCCCGCACCUUGGCUGACCAGCAGGCCCGGCGGCAGGAGAGGAAGCCGAAGGACCGGAGAAAGUGAGCCUGGGGAGGAAGGGGGUUGACGCUCACCGAGAUGGAAACUGGAGAAGGGCUGGGCCUGGACCUGGACCUACAGCGGGGACUUUAAUGCCUUCUUAUCCAAUAGAUCUCAGAUGGGAUGACUGCGGGUCAGUGGACAGGAAGAGGCAGGCGCAGGCGCUGUCUGGCUCAGCUUCCCCCACUGAGGGGGGUGGAAGUGGCCAGACCGUUUGGGUGGACAGGGUCCUCACCCCUGCCCCUUUCCUUUGAGGGAAGGGUGGUGCUGGCAUGGCUGGAGGCCGAAAAGGGAAAGUAAGGGACUUGCGAGAGGAGAGGAAAGUAGUAGAAAGUCUCAUUCCUGGAAGGAAGGAAGGAAAACAAAAAACCCAGAAAAAUCAAAGCGGGAAGAAAAUCAGAGGGCAGGUUAAGUUGGCUCUGGCCAGGAUUUCAGGCAGCUGGUUUUAGAGGGGACUAGAUCACUGGUGUGAGUAAACCCCACUUCAACCUAGGGGAGGGGUGGAACACGGAGUAGGUUCUGGGAGGGGCCUGUGAACUCUUCCUGCUCCUGCACUUUGGCAUCCCUGAAGGGGAGCUCUUGGAUGAUACCUCCUGUGAGGUUUCCAUCAUAGGGGAGCCCCUGGGACCCGACACUGGCUUGGAGGGUUAGGAUCAAAGGGUAGAGUCAACAGGCGGGGGUCGUGAGGCCUCAUGUUGCAGCAGCCCCAACACCAAGCAUGUCACUCACUGCCCUGCCAUACAUCUUCCUCUGUGCCCAGUAACCCCUGAGCUGAGGCUCCCACAUCUCCAUCAGAGCCUGCAUGCGAAUGCUGUUCUCUUCCCACCCGUGCGCCCCCACCACUCACCGGCUGCCUGGAGCUCUUCUGGAGCUGGGGUGCUGGCAGUGCCCACAGGGCUGGGCCUGCAGCCUCCUGGGAGCUGCUCUGAGGCAGGGGGAUGGUGUGGACAAGCCAGGCAGUAUUCAGCACAACACUGGGGAAUGACCCUUCCCUCAGGCCUCCCCUACCAACAACUGGGCUUUGUCACUGGAAAGACAAAAAACUACAAAACCCAGCAGCAACAACAAAAACUAGUCCUCUUAGAGUUUCUUGCGCUUUGAUUUUUUUAGGGCUUGAGCCCUGUUUCACUUAUAGGGUCUAGAAUGCUUGUGUUGAGUAAAAAGGAGAUACCAAUAUUCAAAGCUGCUAAAUGUUCUCUUUGCCAUAAAGACUCCGUGUAACCGUGUGAACACUUGGGAUUUUUCUCCUCUGUCCCGAGGUCUCUGUCUGUCUUUUUUGGGUUUCUUUCUAGGAGAAUGAGAAGUGCAUGUAACGGGGGCUGAGGGUACCCCUCCCUCAGGCUCUUGGCCACAGGCAGCUUCUCCACACCCCCAGUUUAGCAAGGGCUCCUGGAGGACUGCCUGGGGGAGGCAGAGAGGGGAGCGCCAAGGUGGCCGGGUGGUUCCAGGACCACAGUGUCUCUAACUGUUGCCACUGCUGUCCCCACCUCGGCCUGGGUCUGGAGCAUUGUCUGCCCCGGGCUAGCAGGAAUGAGUUGAAGGGGGGAAGCACUGAUUCUCCUCCCCGCUUAGGUAGGGAGGCAUUCUAACUGAGCAGUACGGAUAGAAGGCACGAACCUGGGAAGUGCUUUUAUAAAUUAUUUUCCUUGUAGAUUUUAUUUUUAAUUUAUCUCUGUGACCUGCCAGGGAGAGGAGAGAGAGAUGCUGUGAGCACAUGACAAAAUAAAAUAAAAUAAAAUGGAUGAUUUAUUCUCAAGUGCAAUUUUUCCCUAUUUUGAAUUUAAAUUGAGAGUAAAGGAAACAGGCCCCAUGAGGAGAGGACUGGCCAUUGUGUAGCUAAGGCAGAGCUCUUAGGGGAAAGUGGGUGGAGAGCAGCAGAGAUUGACAAUGAAGAAUUUAGAAAGACAAAAGUCUUAAAUACUGUAUUAAAGCUUCCAAACAGGUGUUAUGUGCCUUUUUGUAGGGUUUGCCAGCUGAAUCCUUUUAGAGGAAGGAUUCAGAAUCCUUUUUGGCCUUUCUCCUAGGGCUAGGCUAGGUGGGUGUUGUCACGUGGCCUAGCUCCUUACCUGUCUUCCUGUGGCAGACUGCAUUUUUAAUAUUGAUUGUGCUGUUAUUUCUCUGGUGGCCCCACCUACCAAUGGGGUGCAGAGCUUUGGAGCGUAGUCACAGUGACGACGGUGAUGGCAGAAACCCAGGAGAUCUACAGGACCAGCACAUGCCAAGCACUUCACUAUAACAGCAGGGCCACGGAACCAGAGAACAGAAAGCUAGACCCGAGGGUUUAAGGCAUUUGAAAGCUCUCCAGCUGAGGUGACCAGGAUCUGUUCUCCCUCAAAGUAAUACAAAAAGCCUGUGAAGAGUUGAAUGCUUUAAGGUACUGGAUGGUUGCUGGAACAGCCACAUGCGCAUCUAGGGGUAGGUACUUAACAAAUGUCCAAGUAAUGAAUGCCCACCUGACAGUGUCUGUGAGAUUACCAGAUGAAGUUUAGGACUGGAAGCUGUGAUCCUCCUCAUGAAACCUGUGAUCUUGAACUCCCCAUGUACCGCUGUGUGACCUGGCUUAGCCCAGUCCUUUAAUGAUGCUACUAGAGUUUAUCCUAUGGGGUGAAUAGAAUUCUGGGAGUAACACUUGAGUUCUUUUUUGUUUCAAUUUACAAUGGCUUUUGCCCCCCAUCUAGUUGGAAGGGGUUGGUCUUAUCAAACAAGAGCUCUUUCCUAAUUAGUAAUUAACUUAUGACUGUAAGCCAAAUAAAAUGAAGAUGCUUAAAAAAAAAAAAGGCUAAAAAUUAAGUCAGAAAAACUUAAUUUAUGCUGAUAAAGAAAUACAAGUUAUAUACAGAAAACU